AUGGCUGCCGCAACAGUCCACGUCAAAAACAUCGCUCCUGCGACCAGCGAUGAGGAGGUCAAGAACUUUUUCAGCUUCUGUGGCAAGAUUGCCGACUUCAAAGUCACGACCGAAGGCGACUCCAAAUCCGCAGACGUCACCUUCGAAAAGGAAACGGCCAUGAAGACAGCUCUUCUCCUCAACAACACCCAACUUGGUCCGAACCACAUCUCCGUCAGCAGUUCCAGCGCAGCCACCGACGACGACGGCCAGCACGACGCCAAGGUCGAGCGCGACUCGGACGAGAUCACGCAGGAGGAGAAGCCCCGCGCUCGUAUCCUUGCCGAGUAUCUCGCCCACGGCUAUGUCGUCGGUGACGCUGCCAUCGAGCGCGCCAUCGAACUCGAUACCAAGCACAACGUCUCCAACCGCUUCCUAAAGACUAUUCAGGGCAUCGAUCAGAAGUAUCAUGCUACCGAUCGCGCCAAGGCCGCUGACACCAGCUACGGCAUCUCCCAGCGUGCCAACUCUUUCCUCACUGGCAUUGGGUCGUACUUUGAGAAGGCCAGCAACAACCCUACCGGCAAGAAGAUUGCCAAGUUCUACACAGAUGGCUCGCGCCAGGUGCAGGAUAUUCAUGCCGAGGCCAGACGUCUUGCCGAUUUGAAGAAGCAGGAACACGGCGGAAGCGCUUACAAGGCCGCUGGACUGGAGAGGGUGUUUGGUAAGGAGGCGCCUAAGGAUUCGACCCCCGCCUCGGCGCCGACUGCCAGUGCGAGUGCUACCUCUGGAGGUGCUAUUGGUACGGCUACCCCUGCUGCUGCGGCUCCCACCGAGGCUAUUCCCGCUGCAAAGUCUGUAGAGGAAAAGACCAGCUAG